ACUCCCAACGCUCCCAUUUGUCUUCCUUCACCAUGAAGCUUAUGGACAAGUUCCUCUCUCCCAAAAUCAAAAGGACACCCUCAAAGAAAGUCAGUAAGCCGCCUUUAGAACAUGGCGUCAAGACUGCGGAGAAAUCUGCUAACAAGGUGUGUUUAAUGUCUGUAUUUCUCCCUCUACAUAGGCCUCAAGCUUUUGCUGUGCCCAUCUCAUAAAUUGCAAUUAGUUGUUGAUUUAUAUCCUACAAGAAACAGAGUGAGACUGUGAAGGCAGAGUGACAAACAAAGCCUCAUAUUAUGCAAUAAUCACACGACCAAGAUGCCAUUAAUGAAAGUAAUGCCAUGCCACCAAGUUCACGAUUGCUCUCACGUUGGCUUACUUUUGCAGAGUCUGAGUCGGUUAGAGGAGCACGAGAAAGAUGUGGUCAGUGCCUUGCGUUACUUCAAGACCAUCAUUGACAAGAUGGCGGUGGACAAGAAGGUGCUGGAGAUGUUACCAGGCUCUGCCAGUAAGGUCCUGGAGGCCGUCCUGCCUUUAGUCCAAGUGGACCCAAGGAUCCAGCACAGGUGAGUCUGGCCCAGGAGAUAUACAGUGCAUUCUGAAAGUAUUCAGACCCCUUGACUUUUUCCACGUUUUGUUACGUUACAGCCUUAUUCUAAAAUUGAUUAAAUUGUUUUUUCCCCAUCAUCAAUCUACACACAAUACCACAUAAUGACAAUGCAAAAUCAAGUUUUUAGAAAUUUUAGCAAAUGUAUUAAAAAUUAAAAACGGAAAUAUCACAUUUACAUAAGUAUUCAGACCCUUUACUCAGUACUUUGUUGAAGCACCUUUGGCAGCGAUUACAGCCUUGAGUCUUUUUUGGUAUGACACUACAAGCUUAGCACACCUGUAUUUGGGAAGUUUCUCCCAUUCUUCUCUGCAGAUCCUCUCAAGCUCUGUCAGGUUGGAUGGGGAGCGUCGCUGCACAGCUAUUUUCAGGUCUCUCCAGAGAUGUUAGAUCGGGUUCAAGUCCGGGCUCUGGCUGGGCCACUCAAGGAAAUUCAGAGACUUGUCCUGAAGCCACUCCUGCAUUGUCUUGGCUGUGUGCUUAGGGUCGUUGUCUUGUUGGUAGGUGAACCUUCGCCCCAGUGUGAGUUCCUGAGCACUCUGGAGCAGGUUUUCAUCAAGGGAUCUCUCUGUACUUUGCUCCGUUCAUCUUUCCCUCGAUCCUGACUAGUCUCCCAGUCCCUGCCACUGAAAAACAUCCCCACAGUAUGAUGCUGCCACCACCAUUCUUCACCGUAGGGAUGGUGCCAGGUUUCCUCCAGACGUGACGCUUGGCGUUUAGGCCAAAGAGUUAAAUCUUGGUUUCAUCAGACAAGAGAAUCUUGUUUCUCAUGGUCUGAGAGUCCUUUAGGUGCCUUUUGGCAAACUCCAAGCGGGCUGUCAUGCCUUUUACUGAGGAGUGACUUCCGUCUGACCACUACCAUAAAGGCCUGAUUGAUGGUGCUGCAGAGAUGGUUGGCCUUCUGGAAGGUUCUUCCAUCUCCACAGAGGAACUCUGGAGCUCUGUCAGAGUGACCAUCGGGUUCUUGGUCACCUCCCUGACCAAGGCCCUUCUCCCCGAUUGCUCAGUUUGGCCGGGCGGCCAGCUCUAGGAAGAGUCUUGGUGGAUCCAAACUUCUUCCAUUUAAGAAUGAUGGAGGCCACUGUGUUCUUGGGGACCUUCAAUCCUGCAGACAUUUUUUGGUACCCUUCCCCAGAUCUGUGCCUCGAUGCAAUCCUGUCUCAGAGCUCUAGAGACAAUUCCUUUGACCUCAUGGCUUGGUUUUUGCUCUAACAUGCACUGUCAAUUGUGGGACCUUAUAUAGACAGGUGUGUGCCUUUCCAAAUCAUGUCCAAUCAAUUGAAUUUACCACAGGUGGACUCCAAUCAAGUUGUAGAAACAUCUCAAGGAUGAUCAAUGGAAACAGGAUGCACCUGAGCUCAAUUUCGAGUCUCAUAGCAAAGGGUCUGAAUACUUAUGUAAACAGGGUAUUUCUGUUUUUAUUUUUAAUACAUUUGCAAAAAUGUCUAAAAACAAAUGUUUUUGCUUUGUCAUUAUAGGGUAUUGUGUGUAGAUUGAUGGGAUUUUUCUUUUUUUAAUCCAUUUUAGAAGAAGGCUGUAACGUAACAAAAUGUGGAAAAAGGGAAGGGGUCUGAAUACUCUCCGAAUGCACUGUAUCUGGAGCUUGCUGGCCCAUUGAGGGUUUUUAGACAACGCUUCAACUGUCACGAGAUGAGGUCCAGCCAAAUGUAAUUUAAGGUUGCUGAUUAUAUUAGUUUUAAGGUUGAAAUGAUAAAGGAACCUUCAAAGACUGAUACAGAAUCGCCAACCAACCAUGGAGUGUUUUUGUCAGUCUGUUAGCCUCAUCUUUCCUCUUGGGUGUUCACAGCUCAGCGGUGUCCUCCUGUCUGAACCGUGUGUACCAGAGUCUGGGCAAUCUCAUCCGUUGGUCUGACCAAGUCAUGCUGGAGGGGGUCAACCUGGAAGAUAAAGAAACCAUCGUUACCGUCACCACUGUGAUCAAGGCAGUGCUUGACGGUGUUAAGGUAACGUUAGCAUACCAGACCGUCACCACUGUGAUCAAGGCAGUGCUUGACGGUGUUAAGGUAACGUUAGCUUACCAGACCGUCACCACUGUGAUCAAGGCAGUGCUUGACGGUGUUAAGGUAAUGUUAGCAUACCAGACCGUCACCACUGUGAUCAAGGCAGUGCUCGGCGGUGUUAAGGUAACGUUAGCAUACCAGAAAACAAGUAAACAUGAAAUGUGAGACGUCACAAAGGAUGUGUACCAUUUAAUGCACCUUAUGUUUUUUGGGGAAACAGUAGCUAGCCGAGUACUUAGUACUCUGGGUAAGAGAUGGUGAAAAUGGCUGUGAAGUUGGCUAGCAUUUAUUAACUGCACACGGUGAUUGUCCACAGGAGCUGGUGAAACUGACCAUAGAGAAACAGGAGCAUCCUUCCCCCACGUCUCCUGUCAAACCAGUGCCACCGGCCACCCCACCCGAGAGGUGAGUGAGCCACGGAGGACAUCAAUACACUCCUCCACUAACCUCAUUCUCUCAUAUAUAUGUACUGAACAUAUCAGAUACUUGUGAUUUGAUGGUAAUUGUACAAGAUGUAAACAACAUCAGUAAACAACUUCCAUACCCACAGUGCUGCCGACCCGCCUGCCAAUGAGAAAGAGAGUCUGGACAAGAGCUCAGCCACGGCCCAAUCUACGGAAGUCCUGACUGAACCCACUGGAGAGGAGGAAGAGGUGGUUGCCCCGCCAAAACCCCCUCUCCCUGGUCUCAAGAUGGCUGAACACAAGUAAGAGCUCAUUUCAUGGAGAUAGUGUCAGUUUCAUAGCUUCAAUACAAUACAGUAGUUCAUCAAUGGAGCCCCCCUCUAUCACUGGCCCAGACAUGUCAAUAAGUCGCUUCAGGCAAGUCCAAGUCAAGUCUCAAGUAUCUCUCCUCUCUUUCUUCAGAUGGCACAAUGUUAAAUGGCACAGAGUCAGAGCUGCAUAUCAAUAUCAUGAUCCACACAGGACACCAUUGCAUUCAGACUUAAUAAACUGCUUCGGAAUGGGAAAAGUUAACCCUUCAUAAGAUCAUAUUUUCAUUGACUGCUCUCAGUCACAGCACAAGUCAGGGUCAAGUCUGAACUGAAGUAAAUGCAGUAGCCAAGUCGCAAAUCACUGUUUAGCCACUGACUCAAGUCCCCAACUCUGUAUACAUUUACAUUUACAUCAUUUAGCAGACGCUCUUAUCCAGAGCGACUUACAAAUUGACAAACAGGAUGAGCCACAACAUGGGAGGCAGGGAGGCCGCAAAGCAUGAUGGGACAACAAGAGUGUGGGACAUUAAUAUCUGCCCGAGUAUUACUCCAACAACAUUACCUUGAACAUUCAUCAACCUACUCAAUUAGAAUGAGGAGGGAACUUUAAACAAAUCCAUACCGCUGCUGUACUAGUAUACUUGUUAGGCCUGCCAAUAGCGCAGCACACAGCUCUGUUGAAGCCUUAGCCCACACCAAUUUAUCAACAAAAGAAACGCUCAUUGUAUACCACUCAUCACGUUGAAUGUCCUUGGAUUACAGGCCAAUGUGCUUGCCGCUUGUCUCUUUACAAGAAGACAGAAGUACAGUAGCUGGGAAACAGUGUGUUAUAAGUAGUCUUGAUUCUUUAGAAAGCUUUAAUGUCUUUGAAGGGUGUAAUAAAGGGAGGUGUCAGAAAUUAGACUUCCUCUGGUGAGAGAACUGUCACGGCACCGUCUCUGAGGCGCUUUUCUUUUGGGAGAAACUGGGCUCGGCAGAGGCUUGCGAGUUUACAGCCAGAGAAUGACGACAAGGAAUGGAAAUGGACCAGAUUCCAGAGCCCACCACAAACACACUGGAAAGCAGCACAUCCAGACACUUAUAAAUUCUAAAAGGCUCUCUGUCUUUCCUUGUGCUCCGAACAGUAGCUCUCUGAAUUUUACCUUGCCAGCAGCAGGAGCGGGUAGCUCUCUGAAUUUCACCUUGCCAGCAGCAGUUGCAGGUAGCUCUCUGAAUUUCACCUGGCCAGCAGCAGGUGCGGGUAGCUCUCUGAAUUUCACCUUGCCAGCAGCAGUUGCAGGUAGCUCUCUGAAUUUCACCUGGCCAGCAGCAGGUGCGGGUAGCUCUCUGAAUUUCACCUGGCCAGCAGCAGUUGCAGGUAGCUCUCUGAAUUUCACCUGGCCAGCAGCAGGUGCGGGUAGCUCUCUGAAUUUCACCUUGCCAGCAGCAGUUGCGGGUAGCUCUCUGAAUUUCACCUUGCCAGCAGCAGGUGCGGGUAGCUCUCUGAAUUUCACCUUGCCAGCAGCAGGUGCGGGUAGCGCUCUGAAUUUCACCUUGCCAGCAGCAGGUGCGGGUAGCUAUCGGCAGCAGUCUGUGUGUCUUACGCAAGGGCACACUGCAGAUUUUGUCCUUGUUCUAUUUUUGUCUUAAUUAUUAUUAUUUUUUCUCUUCCCUGGGGGCUUUCCUUGCCCCCCUCACCCCCACCCUACUCCCUAAAUGGCAGAGAGGAUAUCCUCCACCUCCUCACCACCACGGCUGCCUGCCCUGCACAUUCCAUCUUGUCAUUGGGCCAUCUGUGUGCACUGCGGUGUGGAAACAGUUAAGUAGCUGCUGCUCUCUCCACCGCUAUCUGUUUGUGGAGGGGGAAAAAGCAGCCAGGCAGUGACCCGUGCACUACACGUUUUUCCAUAGUGAUGCUACUUCAGAAGGCUCUCGGAAAGUGUCAGAUAUUGUAUAUUAUCUCUCAACCCACCCAGGCCAGUGUCAGUGCAGUAUUUUCCUUCACCAGACAUACUACACAGUACAUACUACACAGGACACACAGAAGAAGUGGAUCAGUCAGUGUACUGCGGCUAGGACUGCAUGCUUGGCUUUUGGAAUACUUGGCAUUGAUGGACAUUGAACACUGGACAUUGUACCCUGCCUCAUUUAAAUGAUGUCCCCUUCUUCUCCCCCUCCAGUCCUCCUGCUCUCCCUCCAAAGAAGCGCCAGUCUGCCCCCUCCCCCACCCGGGUGGCAGUAGUGGCCCCCAUGAGCCGCGCCACCAGUGGCUCCAGUCUUCCCAUGGGCAUCGGCCUCCACAAACAGGUACAGUGGCUCCAGUCUUCCCAUGGGCAUCGGCCUCCACAAACAGGUACAGUGGCUCCAGUCUUCCCAUGGGCAUCGGCCUCCACAAACAGGUACAGUGGCUCCAGACUUCCAUGGGCAUCGGCCUCCACAAACAGGUACAGUGGCUCCAGACUUCCAUGGACAUCGGCCUCCACAAACAGGUACAGUGGCUCCAGACUUCCAUGGACAUCGGCCUCCACAAACAGGUACAGUGGCUCCAGUCCUCCCAUGGGUUUCGGCCUCCACAAACAGGUACAGUGGCUCCAGUCCUCCCAUGGGUUUCGGCCUCCACAAACCGGUACAGUGGCUCCAGUCCUCCCAUGGCUGUCGGCCUCCACAAACAGGUACAGUGGCUCCAGGAAGGAGCAGCUGCACACACACGCUGGGGCUGUGUCAGUAAUGGCACCAUAUUCAAUAUAGUGCACUACUUUUGACCAGGCCCCAUAGGGAAUAAGGUGCCAUUUUGGAUUGUGCUAUGUUUUACACCGUCGUGAGACAUAUAUCAGCCAUUUCUUGCACUCUUUCUUUUUUGGGGGCUAUUAUGUAUUUUUCAACAAAUGCUAAUAAAACGGGUCUGGUCACCGCUCUCUGGUUGGCAGGAGUACGAGGUGGAUGCACUGCAGCGACGCUUCUCUGGGGGCAGCCAUUACUACGGAGGGGAGUCGCCGCGCCUAUCCCCCUGCAAUAGCAUGGGCAAGCUGAGCAAGUCCGACGAGCAGCUGUCCUGGACAGUGGACAGUGGGCAGUGCUCACGCAACACCAGCAGUGAGACUCUGGGUGAGAGCCUGACACACACAGACUACGGUUGGGCAUGAGUACUCAAACGGACGUCAAAGCUCGAUCUUUAACCAGAGAUCAAUUUUUUUCCUUCAAAUACUGUACAACUAUUUAGUGGAAGGUGCUUUGUGGCUGCCCGGGCAAGUAAAAUGUUGUCUUUAAGACAACGUUAAUUUGCUUUGACUCGUGUUCCAUUUGUACAUGUGCAUUUCGUGUCUCAUUCACUCAAUUGCAUUCCAACCGCUCCCUCCACACAUGCGUGCUGAGUGCGCACACAAGCUCCCGCUAGGCCUAUUGAAAUACAGUGGGGGAAAAAAGUAUUUAGUCAGCCACCAAUUGUGCAAGUUCUCCCACUUCAAAAGAUGAGAGAGGCCUGUAAUUUUCAUCAUAGGUACACGUCAACUAUGACAGACAAAUUGAGGAAAAACAUUCCAGAAAAUCACAUUGUAGGAUUUUUAAUGAAUUUAUUUGCAAAUUAUGGUGGAAAAUAAGUAUUUGGUCAAUAACAAAAGUUUCUCAAUACUUUGUUAUAUACCCUUUGUUGGCAAUGACACAGGUCAAACGUUUUCUGUAAGUCUUCACAAGGUUUUCACACACUGUUGCUGGUAUUUUGGCCUAUUCCUCCAUGCAGAUCUCCUCUAGAGCGGUGAUGUUUUGGGGCUGUCGCUGGGCAACACAGACUUUCAACUCCCUCCAAAGAUUUUCUAUGGGGUUGAGAUCUGGAGACUGGCUAGGCCACUCCAGGACCUUGAAAUGCUUCUUACAAAGCCACUCCUUCGUUGCCCGGGCGGUGUGUUUGGGAUCAUUGUCAUGCUGAAAGACCCAGCCACGUUUCAUCUUCAUGUAUGGGUGGUCCUCUGUAGCUCAGCUGGUAGAGCACGGCGCUUGUAACGCCAAGGUAGUGGGUUCGAUCCCCGGGACCACCCAUACACAAAAAUGUAUGCACGCAUGACUGUAAGUCGCUUUGGAUAAAAGCGUCUGCUAAAUGGCAUAUUAUUACAUAUUAUAUUAUUAUCUUCAAUGCCCUUGCUGAUGGAAGGAGGUUUUCACUCAAAAUCUCACGAUACAUGGCCCCAUUCAUUCUUUCCUUUACACGGAUCAGUCGUCCUGGUCCCUUUGCAGAAAAACAGCCCCAAAGCAUGAUGUUUCCACCCCCAUGCUUCACAGUAGGUAUGGUGUUCUUUGGAUGCAACUCAGCAUUCUUUGUCCUCCAAACACGACGAGUUUAGUUUUUACCAAAAAGUUAUAUUUUGGUUUCAUCUGACCAUAUGACAUUCUCCCAAUCCUCUUCUGGAUCAUCCAAAUGCACUCUAGCAAACUUCAGACGGGCCUGGACAUGUACUGGCUUAAGCAGGGGGACACAUCUGGCACUGCAGGAUUUGAGUCCCUGGUGGCGUAGUGUGUUACUGAUGGUAGGCUUUGUUACUUUGGUCCCAGCUCUCUGCAGGUCAUUCACUAGGUCCCCCCGUGUGGUUCUGGGAUUUUUGCUCACCGUUCUUGUGAUCAUUUUGACCCCACGGGGUGAGAUCUUGCGUGGAGCCCAAGAUCGAGGGAGAUUAUCAGUGGUCUUGUAUGUCUUCCAUUUCCUAAUAAUUGCUCCCACAGUUGAUUUCUUCAAACCAAGCUGCUUACCUAUUGCAGAUUCAGUCUUCCCAGCCUGGUGCAGGUCUACAAUUUUGUUUCUGGUGUCCUUUGACAGCUCUUUGGUCUUGGCCAUAGUGGAGUUUGGAGUGUGACUGUUUGAGGUUGUGGACAGGUGUCUUUUAUACUGAUAACAAGUUCAACAGGUGCCAUUAAUACAGGUAACGAGUGGAGGACAGAGGAGCCUCUUAAAGAAGAAGUUACAGGUCUGUGAGAGCCAGAAAUCUUGCUUGUUUGUAGGUGACCAAAUACUUAUUUUCCACCAUAAUUUGCUAAUAAAUUCAUUAAAAAUCCUACAAUGUGAUUUUCUGGAAUUUCUUUCCUCAAUUUGUCUGUCAUAGUUGACGUGUACCUAUGAUGAAAAUUACAGGCCUCUCACAUCUUUUUAAGUGGGAGAACUUGCACAAUUGGUGGCUGACUAAAUAUGUUUUUCCCCCACUGUAAAUGCCUAUAAAAAAUAUAUCUAACUGAUGGGUUACAUAAUCUACAUUCCUUGCCAAAUGAUGACAGUUUCAUCACAAAUCCAAAAUGGACUGGUUGAUUGAAGUAGGAAAAUAUGUGUUCCAACACCGAGCUACAGUUUUUGAAUAAUUGCGUCGCGUCUAUUUUACGCUUAAGCUACUUUGCGAACUGCUAAUGCCAUUUAGAGUUGGUUAGCCUAGACUAUAACCCCCCUAAACAUAGACAGGUUCCACACUGACAAUAUGCAAAAACAUUAGUUUGAUAAAGAGCGUAUUUUCAUCAGAAUCAUUAAGCAUAUGCCUACUCACCAAACAGAUUUCGUGGCCGUAAUUCAUCACAUGCAGUGUUCAAUGUGGAAUUGUUCAUUUUGAAAAUUCCAAAGAAGAGGCAGAAUAAACUAAAUCGAACGUCUGUAUAUCGAAAAGAAGACAAAUGUUGGUUUGUAACCCAGAUUUAUUUUCUUCUUUCAACUCAACCAAAUUGAGCCCCGUUUCAAAUGUCACUCUGAGAAUACUGUAACUGCUCCAGGCAUGAGAUGCUCAUCACUUCAAACUAAUACCUUUAUUCACUUGGAAAAAUAGUGUGUUUCUAUUUUAUUCUGUUAGAUUACGUCAUGUUUUUUAAAACUAUAAAAUAGGUGUGUCUUGACUGUGAUAAGGGCUCUGGAAAUAAGAGCGUCUGUCUGCUAAAUUAACAAAACAAGGCUAUGCCAUUGCACAGCCAUAGGUUUCUACAAGCAAGCGCCACUGCUGAGGUUACAGCCUUUUUGAAGAUUGUGUUCCACGAUAUAAUACAAUAACAAGUUGAUAUUACGGUUUCAAUAAAUUAAUCUUACAUGGCACUUGCUUUUUUAUUGAGGCAAUUAGGAUUUGUUAUCUGUUAUGGUUAUGAUAAAUUACGCUUUGUUGUGAUCUUAUGACAUAUAGAUAAAUGCACAAAAAAACAUCCAGUGCGGGCCUUGUGUUGUAAUUAUUUUUAUUUUUUUCAUGCAAGUACUCGAACAGUCAAAACAUUUCAAAUGCCCAUCCCUAACACAGACACACAUGAAACUCACACACAACACAAACACAUAUGAGUUACAUGUUCCUGCACUGGCUUCACAGAGGCCUGGUUCGAGAGGAGCCACUAUGAUCCCAGCAGGAGAGGCCUGUCUCUUUGAUUAGGAGCACCGCUGUCACCACGGGAUCACCAUAGGUUGUCUUGAUGUGGCAGCCACAGUGUGUGGAAACAAGCCUGCUGCUGAUGCGUGUAAUGAGUCGACACACGCAGGCAGGAGCUUCCUGUUCCUGCCACCUCCAACAGCACAGAGCUUUGCUUACGAGCUGUGACCACCAUCCUGUGAGCAAAGAGACAAGACUUCACAGAGGCUGCAUCUCAAUAGUCUUUUAAGCGGCCUCCUCUCCUUCAUCUGCAUCAGUCUUGAAACAGGAUAGCAGGGAGGAGAGCAAUAUGGUGGAUGCCUACUGGGAAUUUGUUGAGGAGAGGAAGCCAUGCGACGGUAUUGAGAUGCAGCCUCAAAAAGUCUUAAGCUGUAAUACCACAGCUGACACCUUCUGGGACCGGGGACAAGAGAGUGAGGGUUGUCAGGGCGAUAAGAUGGGGGGGAAUUGGGAAUGAAAUCCCAAUUCCCCCCCAAUCAAAAUAGAUUCUGCCAAUGUGUUUGUUGUGCUCCUGUUGUUCAGAGUGGGGUUUGUAGAGAAAAGUGCCCUUUAUGCCAAAGUGACAGUGUGGCUUUGUUUUCAAUGCUCUGUGUGGUGACUCACCUGUCCCCCCCUGUCUCUUUCUCUCUCCCCCUACUCCCCUCCACAGACACCACAGACCACUACGACCCGGACUACGACUUCCUGCACCAGGACCUGUCCAGCCUGGAGCACAUGACUCCUGUGCCGGUGGGGGGGUGCCUCAGCCCCCUGCCCGAGUUCCACAGUGAGUCUUCCUCCCCCUGCCCUGGCCCCGGCCCGCCGCUGGCACAGCCCCACUUCAGCCUCCCCUCCCCCCAGCCAUCCUUCCAGGGCUCCUCCGUGUCCCCCCUCUACUCCCGCAUGACUCCCGCCCCGCCACCCCCUGCCCUGCCGGAAAAGAAGCGGCGAGGUGGCGCCUGCUCGGGCUUUUCCGAAAGCUCCUACUCGGGCUCCUCCUGGCGCGUCUCCUUUGAGCGCCACCCAUCCCAGUACGACAACCUCAUGGAGGAGGACCUACCGCCUGUGCCCCCCUUCCCCCUGUUCACGUCCAACAUCUCGCCCCUGUGCAAUGCCGCCGGGGGGUUUGUGUCCGAGUUCAGCGCCAGCGAGACGACAGACGUACCUCAGAGUCCACCGCCACUCCCAGAGAAGAAGAGCCGUCACAGUGAGUAUCUGAUGUCAGGGGGAGAGAGAGAGGAUUCAUAAAAAGCCUUAUACAAACUCUACUGUUACCAGGAUUUAGAAACUUAGGGUUUUCAAAUUCAAGCUCCAAAUAUCAAUCAAAUUCAAUCAAAUGUAUUUAUAAAGCCCUUUUUACAUCAGCAGAUGUCACAAAGUGCUAUACAGAAACCCACCCUAAAAACCCAAACAGCAAGCAAUGCAGAUGUAGAGGCACAGCGGACUAGGCCCCUUAGGUAUGUCUGUAAAGCACAUGGAGGCCUACUGCUGUGCUAGAAUGAUAAAACCACAGAAUUAAAUAGAACUGGCCCUGUGCGUGUGUGGUGGGUGUGGGUGUGUGCACACUGAUGGCAGGGCUCCUAGCUGUGGACACACAGACACACACACAUGGAGGCCUGGAGGUUUCACUUAUGCCAGCCCUGUGAGCUCACAUGAAAUAAUGCCUUUGUUGAUGGAAUAUGUCAGUGAAAAGAGGAGUGGCCGUGCAGGAAAUGAGCUUGUGCUGAAUGUCCCUCUCAGGGGAUGGGUGGCCAUAACUAUGUAGUAAUCAGCACAUUCGAUAUGUUCAGUAGCUUUAUAAAGAGCUUAAAGCCAGGACCAGCAGGUUUGGCUGCACUUGUGCCUCCCCUGGCCUGUUUAUUUAGAUUUCCAACAGCUGAGCACUGUUCUAAUGACUAAAUGGUCAGGGUUUCUACAGGGCUAGCAUUGUCAUCUCCCCCAAAAUACGAUUUUCUUGUUUUAAAAUUGUAUUUUAUACACACCGUGACCAUUGUUCAUUCAACAGUCAUUUUUUACAAUGUUAUAAUUUACAGGAUUGGAAGUGAAGUGCUCCGUUUAAACCAAAGUUUGACAUGUAGAUUAAAAACCGCUCCUCAUCUAAGCACCAUAACAAUGUUUUAUACUGUUUGGGAUACUCUGAAGAACACUGUCAUUAUCAUCUGCAAGCGCAUUGUCAUUGUAAUAUGCCCUGAUUUUUGGGGGGUCUGUGUCUGUGUGUGCAUAUGCGUACUUCUCACCCACACAGUACUGAAGUACAUGCAGUUUGUGGAGGACUACUCGGAGCCCCAGCCCUCGGUUUUCUACCAGAUGCCGCAGAGCGAGAGCAUCUAUGAGCAACGCAACAAGCGCUUCCAGGAAGUAUAUGGCUUCAACGACUCGUUUAGCAGCAGCGACUCUGUUCACGAGCCCCUCCCACCCCCGGCACUGCCACCCAAACAGAGGCAGCUGGUAAGCUACAGCCCCUCACCUCACACACUGAAGACACCCUGAGGCCUCACACUCACCAGUGUUACAGCAUACAGUACACCAGCCCAUCCACACAUCCUGUUCACCCACAUCCAUGGAUUUUGGCCCAAUACAUAUACAUUUCAGGAAACUAAUUUUCUUAUCAUAUAUUGCACCAAGUGUGUAGGAUUGAGUGGUGAGUGAGUCCAUUAUGUUUUAGCCCAUCCAAUAACAAUAGAUGAAGAAAAGCAGGGUGUUGAAAGUCCUGAACAUCCAAAUGACAAGCAGACUCUAGUGGUAACACAUCUCCAAACCCUACUUCAAUACAGAGGAAAAAAAUAUGUUUUAUUGUCACAUACACCAGAUAGGUGCAGUGAAAUGUGUUGCUUUACAGGAUCAGCCAUAGUAGUACGGCGCCCCUGGAGCAAACUAGUGCACUUUAGCCGAUUUAUCACCUUGUCGGCUCGGGUAUUCGAACCAGCGACCUUUCGGUUACUGGCCCAACGCUCUAACCGGUAGGCUACCUUCUGCAUCAGGAAAAAAAAAACAUAUUUAACAACAAAUACAAUCAGUGCAAUGGUACAAAUUACUACAAUUUCUCAGUCACAUGUUUUUUUUACCCCGAUGGCAGAAGACGAUUGUCCUUUUGUACAGACUUGUCCUCCAUGAUGUCUCAUCUUACAUCCCACCACAGUACUUAACUUUGUUUUCAUCAGUUUGGCCAUUGUUAUGUUUAUUUCAGGCCUCUGCAAGGCUGUAGAAGUUCACUUCCCAGAUUAAAGUCAAUGCCAUAAUCUCCCUACCAGACAUUCAUGGUUGGAAAAAGUAAUUUGCUCUGCCAGAAUAAAAAAUAUGAACCCGAUAUAAAUGAGUCAAUCUAUGCUCAAGGUUUAUCCAUGAUUACGGAUAUUUUUAAACAUAUCUAAAGCUGAUCAAAAUGUGGGAAACGAAAAUGUAACAUUUUUUCCUGAUAUUUGGCCUUGUGCAUUACUGCAUGCCAAGUUCAUAUUGGAUGAGGAUUAAGACGAAUCACAGAAUCCUCUGGGGAGCAGGGAAAUAAACAAGGAUUGGUUUGAACUUAAGCUAUAGAUAUAGGCAGGGGUGCAACUUUGGUUUUAGAAGUGGGGGGGGGGGGGACAAAAAUAAAAAAUGUAUCCAGUCUGAUAAACACUCCAAACAGCCUACCCGACCACUCGGAGGCGUCUGCAUGGUCCUAAAGCACACCGUUGCCUCGUUCUGUAUCACAUUCCAAUGAUAAAACUGGGGGGGUUGCGCCCCUGGAUGUAGGGAGGGAGAGAAAAGGGUGUUUGUGUUUCUGUGCUGGCUGUUGUUAACAGUCAUGUCCACAUUGUGUACAGUCGUGGUCAAAAGUUUUGAGAAUGACACAAGUAUUGGUCUUCACAAAGUUUGCUGCUUCAGUGUUUUUAGAUAUUUUUGUCAGAUGUUACUAUGGUAUACUGAAGUAUAAUUACAAGCAUUCCAAAAGUGUCAAAGGCUUUUAUUGACAAUUACAUUACGUUUAUGCAAAGAGUCAAUAUUUGCAGUGUUGACCCUUCUUUUUCAAGACCUCUGCAAUCCGCCCUGGCAUGCUGUCAAUUAACUUCUGGGCCACAUCCUGACUGAUGGCAGCCCAUUCUUGCAUAAUCAAUGAUUGGAGUUUGUCAGAAUUUGUGGGUUUUUGUUUGUCCACCUGCCUCUUGAGGAUUGACCACAAGUUCUCAAUGGGUUUAAGGUCUGGGGAGUUUCCUGGCCAUGGACCCAAAAUGUCGAUGUUUUGUUCCCCGAGCCACUUAGUUGUCACUUUUGCCUUAUGGCAAGGUGCUCCAUCAUGCUGGAAAAGGCAUUGGUUGUCACCAAACUGUUCUUGGAUGGUUGGGAGAAGUUUCUCUCAGAGGAUGUGUUAGUACCAUUCUUUAUUCAUGGCUGUGUUCUUAGGCAAAAUUGUGAGUGAGCCUACUCCUUUGGCUGAGAACAACACCACACAUGAAUGGUCUCAGGAUGCUUUACUGUUGGCAUGACACAGGACUGAUGGUAGCGCUCACCUUGUCUUCUCCGGACAAGCUUUUUCCCGGAUGCCCCAAACAAUCGGAAAGGGGAUUCAUCAGAGAAAAUGACUUUACCCCAGUCCUCAGCAGUCCAAUCCCUGUACCUUUUGCAGAAUAUCAGUCUGUCCCUGAUGUUUUUCCUGGAGAGAAGUGGCUUCCUCGCUGCCCUUCUUGACACCGGCCAUCUUCCAAAAGUCUUCGCCUCACUGUGCGUGCAGAUGCACUCACACCUGCCUGCUGCCAUUCCUGAGCAAGCUCUCCUUGAAGUUCUUGAUGAUCCGAUAAAUGGUUGAUUUAGGUGCAAUCUUACUAGCAGCAAUAUCCUUGCCUGUGAAGCCCUUUUUGUUCAAAGUAAUGAUGACGGCACGUGUUUCCUUGCAGGUAACCAUGGUUAACAGAGGAAGAACAGUGAUUUCAAGCACCACCCUCCUUUUAAAGCUUCCAGUCUGUUAUUCUAACUCAAUCAGCAUGACGGAGUGAUCUCCAGCCUUGUCCUCGUCAACACUCACCUGUGUUAACGAGAGAAUCACUGACAUGAUGUCAGCUGGUCCUUUUGUGGCAGGGCUGAAAUGCAGUGGAAAUGUUUUUUGGGGAUUAAGUUCAUUUUCAUGGCAAAGAGGGACUUUGCAAUUAAUUGCAAUUCAUCUGAUCACUCUUCAUAACAUUCUGGAGUAUAUGCAAAUUGCCAUCAUAAAAACUGAGGCAGCAGACUUUGUGAAAAUUUAUAUUUGUGUCAUUCUCAAAACUUUUGACCACGACUGUACUUUCUGAUUGCCAGAAUUAAUACACUUCUACCUGAGCAGAAAGUCCACCUACUUCUGGUACAAAGCUGAUACAGUAGCUAGUUAUUUCCAUUUAGGCCAGUCAUGUGCUUUGCACUGUAUGUAGGCAUAGUUCAACGUGGUCUCUGGGCAAUUCAUAUUAUUCUGUACGUAAAUCUGUAACACUAUUUAGUAUGAUAUAUUACGUUAGGUUGCAUUAUGAAUGGAAUAGCGAUCAUAAAAUAUCAUAUGAAUUAUAGGACGUAUCAAGCGUCUUAGCUGGUCUUACAAUAGCAUACGAAUUUAAUGAUGUACCUUAUAAUUUGUCUUGGAGCACGUAUAGUAUUAUACUAUUUCUCUGAGACCAGGUUGCUUGUUGCGCCUUAACAAUAAAGGAGAAUUAUGGGGAGAAUGUAUGUAGGCGUUUAGGGGAACUAACGACAAAGGUUAGGAUAAUUUAUGUAAAACCUUAGGUGAAAUGGGUUAAAGGGAAACUCCACUCCAAAAUUAUAUUUUAGUAUUUUUUCCUUUAGUCCACUGUUGAUACAUGCCACCUUCAUGCGCUAGUCGGAACUAGGAAACUCUGACAUUUCCGACAUGGUAACUGGUUGUAGUUAUACACGUGCCACGUUCAACAAAUCAGCAAGUCGGAAAUGUCUGAGUUCCCGACUAGGAUGUGAAGUAGUUUCCAGCAUUGUCACUGGCCACAUCAUCAUGAUGAUGCGUUUUGCAUCAUAAGAUGCAUAAAAAAAAAAAUAUGCAUCAUCAUGAUGAUGUGGCCGGUGACACUUUGCUUCUUGAAAGUCCAAUAUCUUAAAAACUUGACUGCUGGCAUGCAGAACAUUUUGGGACUGUAUCAACAGUGGACUAAUGAAUAAAAUACCAAAAUACUUUUGAGUGGAAUUUCCCUUAAGUUUUGAAUAAGGGUUAGCUAAAAUGCUACAGUUGUCCCCGUCACGACUCGAACACGCACACAACCUUUGGAUUGCUAGAUGGUCACGAAUUACGUCCACCCAUCCUCCCCAACCAACUUCCCUACUUUUGUUUCCGUCUAAAGUAACUAGACCAUUAGUAGGUAUCGUACAUCUUGGAGCUGCUCAGAAAUACAUAGGAUGUUUCAUAUGGCUCUGAGGCCAGGCUGCACAGCUUGUUGCACGGCAACAGUAGUUCUUUGGUAGUAUAUACAGUACAAUACAUUGUGUGGUCGAUAAAUCUUAAUUUGGGUGUAGCUCUCUCUGGUACAGCUUGUGUUGUUGCUCACUGUCGGCUACAUGUGGUCUCGGGUCUGACAUUUCCAUUCCCUCCCUACUCACUGCAAUUGCCAUGACUGAGAUAGAGAACGUUCUCUAUGGCUUUUCCCCUUUUGUCAUGAUAUUAAGUGUUUACAUUUGCAUUUGAUUUACUGUCCAAUCUCUUCAGGGGUUUUUUUGCUUCAUUUUCCAUUGCACUCAUCAUAUCUCAUUCUUUUUUCUUUCUGGAAAGCCCACCCUCCAUCAGAGCGAUUCAUAACACAGAGGUAACAGUAGAACAUUAGAAAGGCUUGGUGUGUCUCUAUGUUAAUGCUUUGUCUGCCGUAGCAUUCUUUUAGUCCAUCAAGCCUAUUGUUUUCUGCUUCUUCUAGUUUGGGCUUAACUAUCUGCGUAGACUAACUAACAUCUCCCACUGCACUUUCUCUCUGCUCCUCUCUCUCUACUUUCUUCUUCCCUCACGCUCUCCUUUUCCCCCCUUCCAGGCCUCCCACUCUGCCUCUUCCUCCUCCUCGUCCUCGUCCUCUCUCUCCUGCCACCUUCAGCAGUCGCAGGCUGCGGUGGUGGAGGAGGAGACGGGGGCUGCUCUCAGCAUGUCAGUCUCUAACUCCUUCCUGAGCCGCCAGGCCUCCCUGACCACCCCCAUGGUGAGUGCCUGUCUGAUUCUCUGCUUUUCUCACUCUCUACAGCAGACUUGGCUUUAAAUAUUAUUUGUUUUCUUUCUAAAACGUUUUAUUUAACCUGGAAGGUUGGGGGCAAAAUGCGGUGCUAAAUCAAAUAAAAGUUACAUUUUAAUUGAGCUUUUCAUUAAGCCUGUCUGGCAUAGAGAUGAGACUAUGUUGACUUAAUCUGUAUCUACAGUAUGCUGCCUGGAAAGCCAGAUGGGUGUUUUGCACUUUGGGGACUAUUUCAUUGGUCCCACAGUGUCAGGCAAGCUCGAUCAAGUGCAUCGGAAGUAUUUGAAAAGAAAACCAAUACUAGUUGAACCCUUGACUAUGCUUCUGCUUUAGAAGUAAUGACACCAAUACAAAAAGUUAUUUUAUUAGCCAUUGUAGACGUGUUCAGCUACUGAUAAUGGAGUAUAUUGGGCAAAAAACACACACACUGGCAAACACACUUUCAUUCUUCACUCUCUGCCUGACCCCUUAAUGUUUACACACUCCAAAUGACAAUCUCUGUCAGAGAGAAAGCAUGCCGUUGAAAAUGUGUGUUUUCGUCCAGAGUUUGUGAAAUGUGUUAUUUGAAUCAGCGGAUAUCAUUCCUUUAAAACUGGGGCUUGAACACAAUCCAGAACCAUUAUGAUACAACCGUAUCAAAUUAAUGUUCAGUAUUCUUCUUUGUCUAAUCUUUCUAGUUUUGGAGCAAUGAUGAGGACAAUUGACUUGUUCUAGCUGAAGAACCAUUGAUCCUUGUUGCACCAUUUUGACUUGGUUUCAAUUAAACCCAAAUGCAUGGCAUAUUCAACAGAUCUGUUACAAGUUACAACAAGCACAUUUUGUGAAAAUGUAAUUUUGAAGAGACUGAGUUGGAUUAGGAAUGCUAGUCACUACCUGACCAGUCAGAUAGUCAUAUUGUUCUCUGAUGGCAAGUAUGCCAAUGCUUCUCUCUCAAUUCUUUUUUUCUCUCUCAAUUAUUUGCCCUUGUAGAUCUCUCAAGUAGCUCUUUCUCCUUCCUUCUCUUUUCUCACCCUUGCUCUCUCAGCAUAAGACAGUUCUCCGGUCCUAUUCUCAGGACUUUGCGCCUCUCUGUCAAUCUUCCAUUACAUAUCUUCUCUCAUCUGUCUCUUCCCACUCUCCAAUUGUCCACCAAUCACAGAGCAUGGACCUAGCGGCCCCGGGCAGUGGCAGCCCUGACCCUGUGCUGGUGGCCAACGGCUCGCUGGACAGCUCUGGUGGCUCUCUUGCCAUCUGUCUUCCCACUGACUCUUCUUUCUCUGACACUCAUCAAACCUCUUUGGUGAGCCCUAGCUGUGUGUCGUGACAAGCGUUAGGCACUGUGCGAAAAUAAAAUGGGAUUGCGUUUGAUGGUGGGGAGGGGGGGUGUUUGCUAUUGAAGAAGAGUACAGAUCUGGAGUAGGGUAUAAACAUUGUUAGCAAAGGGCUGUUUCAAUGUGGGGAACGUGAUGUUCUUAUCCUUGAAAAAAGGCCAAACCCUAGGUAAAAAAAACAAGUCUGUAGCCCUGUGUAUGCUGUGGUGAUCGGAACAAUUGGUUUUUAGUUGUUUCAUUUGAGAUUAUAUAGGUACUUGUUUGUUUUGUCCAGCUAGUUUCGAGAAGUUUUCGGAGUAUACAAAAAAAGGAACCACAUUUAUUGCUUUUUCCUAGCAUUUGUCAUUCUCUUUGCUGUCCUCUUUCCCCCGUAGAGCGAAAGCGCUAACAAGGAAGGUGGGGAGGGAGAGUAUGUCAAUCUGUACUCAUCCAGCCAAGCCAACGGAGACGGGCCGCUCUCCCGCCGAGUAAGUAGCCUUAGCAGAGAGGCGGCAUGGGAGCGAGGAGAGAGCGGAGAGCACGGUGUGCUUUCACAGACACAGUGUACCAUGACUGACAACCGACCUCACUAAGUAACCACAUUUGAACGUGACCUGACUUCUCAGGGUUCACUGUGUCUCUUCGACCGCUUGGCAUGCCCUGCUUCGCUAACUGCCUGUACAUUACCAUGGGUUCUCUUCCUUUCCCCAAAUCCCUCCUACCACUGGACUGUCCCCAUUCCCUACUAUAUGGGCCUAUGUGUAGUUCUAGCUCAAAGGACAUCAGUCACUCCGCUGUCAUUGUCUCAAGGGGGGUUUGUCUCCAAGUGACAGUGAGACAUUUUCUAUCAUGUUCACAUACUUGGCCCGUUAAGGUGGUUGUCCACGACCGUUGGCUCAGGUCUGGAUCGUAGCAACUAAUUACAACAGGAUUCAUGAAUGGCUCUGCGUUAAGUCUGUGUAUUUAACAUCUUCCAUCAGGCCUUUCAUCAGGAAGGAUAACCCAAUAAAACGACUAAUCACCCAGCUUAUUUCGUCAGUCUUUCUCGCUCUAAGUUCUCCCCAUUCCCCACGUUUUUAGCUUUUUUCUGGCCUGUCUUCUGGGAUGGAGAUGGGUAUACAAUGCCUUCAGAAAGUAUUCACACUUCUUGACUUUUUCCACAUUUUGUUGUGUUACAGCCUGAAUUUAAAAAGGAUUACAUUGAGAUUUUGUGUCACUGGCCUACACACUACCCCAUAAUGUCAAAGUGGAAUUACAUGUUUUAAACAUGUUUACAAAUUCAAAAAUGAAAAGCUGAAAUGUCUUAAGUCAACAGGUAUUCAACCCCUUUUCUUAUGGCAAGCAUAAAUAAGUUCAGGAGUAAAAAUGUGCUUAACAAGUCACAUAAUAAGUUGCAUGUAUGUGUAUAUAAUAGUGUUUAACAUUCGAAUGACUACCUCAUCUCUGUACCCCACACAUACAAUUAUCUCAAAGGUCCGUCAGGGCCAAAUCUACACUGGAGUUGCUAACCAAGAUGACAUCGAAUGUUCCUAAGGGGCCUAGUUCUAGUUUUGACUUAAAUCAGCUUGGAAAUCUAUGGCAAGACUUGAAAAUGGCUGUCUAGCAAUGAUCAACAACCAACUUGACAGAGCUUGAAGAAUUUAAAAAAAUGUGCAAAUAUUGUACAAUCCAGGUAUGCAAGCUCUUAGAGAUUUACCCAGAAAGAAUGAUUCUAACAUGUAACUCAGGGGGUUUGAAUACUUAUCUAAUCAAGAUAUAUUUGUGUUUUAUUUUCUAUAAUUAUUUUACAGAUGUUAGAAUUUUUCUUCCACUUUGACAUUAGAGUAUUUUGUGUAGAUUGUUGACAGAAAAUUACAAUUAAAUCAAUUUUAAUCCCACUUUGUAACACAACCAAAUGUAGAAAAAGUAAAGGGUUGUGAAUACUUUCUGAAGGCAUUAUAUAUUAAGUGUGUUGUAUAUUUAGUGUUGCACUUGCACUAGAGAAGUGAGGCUGGAGUUAUGCAUGUAUCCAUACCACAGGAGAUUGGUGGCACCUUAAUUGGGGAGGACUGGCUCGGGGUAAUGACUGGAGCGGAAUAGGUGGAAUGAUAUCAAAUACAUCAAACACAUGGUUUCCAUGUGUUUGUCAUUCCAUUUGCUAUUUUCUAGCCAUUAUUAUGAGCCGUCCUCCCCUCAGCAGCCUCCACUGAUCCAUACAGCGUGUGAUAUUAAUGGUGUGUGUGAACGCUACCAUUGUCCAUUUUCCUCAAAGCUGACGGAACAACUCACUGAAUACUAAGUUGAAACCUCCAUGUGCUUAGACAACGUACCCACACAUCUACCUUAACUAAGAAAGCAUUUUCACCUUUAACUUGAUCUCAGGGUCAUGUUCAUUAGGCACCGAACAGAAGAAAAUAUACUGAAACAAGCAUAGAAAUAAAUGUCCAAUGAGAAAUUCACAUUUUUGUUUUCCACUGCAAAUCAUUGUGAAACUGCUGGAUUUGGUGCGAGACUAGUCCUAACCACAUUGUGUGUUGUUGUCAGGACUCGUCUGCCAUAGAUGACUCACUGGAGGACACUGCCUCAGAGAACACACUGUGCAAUAACAAGGACAUGUCUGAUGACAGGUAAGAACCCAUGCCAUGACAGUCUGGCCUUUCUGUUAAUUUUGUGGUUAAAUAAAUAAUAAAUACAAUAAAAAGUGAAUAAUUCUCCAUUGUUCCUACUCUCCAGUGACAGAAGGAAGGAUUCAACAAUUUAACCUAAAAUGAUUUUGAUUUGCUUAUUAACUUUUUCUCCCUUUUUUGUUAUGAUCUGUUUCUCUCUCUCUCAGCCGAAGACAGAAGUCCUCUGAAGAAGGGCAGAGUAGCGAGGAGACCGAUGAGCUUUCCCUCAUCGAUCACAUGGAGAUCAUGUCCCGGUUAACACUAAAGCAGGAGGUAAACGUGUCUUCAUUUUCUGCUAUUGAUGGUCAGUCCAGUUUACCUCAAGUCUUUCAGCUCAAGCUGUUUAAUCAUAGAGCAGGAGAUGCCUCUUUUUAUGAGAUACUUCAUAGGAUCCUACAAGGCUCUACAGUGCUACCAUUUUACUCGCAUUUGCGCCUAAAAAUAGAUGUGUGCAAACUUACCCGAAAGUCUACUAGUGUGACUUUGUCCUCGUGUUUCUUGGCUAUUUACAUCGUUUUGUUCACACACUAGGUUAUUUUUCAAUGUUAGUUUGAGCUUGCUCAACUGCUAGCGAAGAGACAUGUCGGAGAAUCUCAUCUUUCACAGAAAGACAUGCGAGUCCCACGGUUACAACAGUAACGUCCCACCCCUUAAAAGAGCAGCUGAAAAUGUUUGUCUCACCUAAGUGACUCAAAUAUUUGAGGGUACAUUGUAAUUGAUUGAGCAUGGAACACUCCAAAAACCAUUUAUUCAUCAACUUUUAACCAUUUCUUAUCAUAAAAACACUCUUCCUCAAAUACUUUUAUUGUGCACCUACAUUUAUUUUUGUGCUCAUAACUUUUUCAAUUUAGGAGCACAUGUGCUCCUUGUAAAAAAUGUCAGUGUAGAGCCCUGUCCUACAAUAAGCUUUCCCUCUGCUGGCCCCUGCCUCUAUAACUCAAAUGCAACAUCCCCGUCUGUUACUGUCUAUCAUGGGUAUUCAACUCUUACCCUACGAGGUCUGGAGCCUGCUGCUUUUCUGUUCUACCUGAUAAUGAAUUGCACACACCUGGUGUCCCAGGUCUAAAUCAGUCCCUGAAUAGAGGGGAACAAUGACAAAACACAGUGGAUCUGGCUUCGAAGUCCAGAGUUGAGUUUGAUGGGGCUAUAUGAUUGCAUUCUCACAGUAGACGAUAAGUAUGUGAUUAUAGGCGAAAAGCUGGAGUUGGCAUGGCAAGGUCAGUGCAGUUUUAGUAGCGCCUAUCUCCUUAUCGAUAACCCUCUCAUGGCUAACAUAUUGUCGGAAUGGUUUCAUCAGGAUAGUCACAUGUAGGGCUACACUUAGGCUAAUCCUCUCUCUCUGCCCUUACAACUUUUCAUCUGUCCACGUGUGAUACCAGAACGACGACGGUCCAGAUGUCCGAGCCGGAUCGGGGGAUAUUUUAUUAGUCCACGCCACAGAAACGGACCGCAAAGGUAUUUAUGAUCUCCGUAGUACACACACACAACCCCAGAGGGAUUACUACAUGCAGUAUGUGUCCACUCAGAUGAAAGGUUCUUAUGUUUUUCAUGAUUUCUCUCCGUUCUUUUAUGAAGACCUAUCCAAGUUAGGUGUACUGGUGUUAAAGCUAGAAUCCUUAAUUGAAACAAUAACAAAGUGGUCACCCCGCUUCUGUUUUGGUAAAAAACUGACCAUCCAGGAUAUCAAAAUUAUAGUUUUAAUCAUGUUUUGAGGCGAUAGUAUUUGUUUACAUUUACUUUGUUGACAAACAUUGUAAUAAAACAAGCUUAUAUUUUGGGUUGUGAUGGGGUACGACAGUUGAACUAAGCUCGAGGCAUUUACAAGUUAUAUCCUUUAAGAAUCAACGUGUGUGUGUGUGUGUGUGUACAUAUACACACACAUAUAUAUAUAUACACAUAUAUAUAUAUACACAUAUAUAAUAAUUAAUAUAUAUAUACACAUAUAUAUUAAUACACAUAUAUAUAUAUAAUAUUACACAGAUGAUAAUAUAUAUUACAUAUCAUAAUGAUACACAUAUAUAUAUAUAUAUACAUAUAUAUAUUAAAUAUACACAUAUCUACACAUACAUAUAUUACACAAUAUAUAAUAUUAUAAUAUAUAUAUACAUAUAUAUAUAUAAUAAUAGACAUAUAUAUAUAAUAUAUAUAUAUAUAUAUAUAAUAUAUAACAUUAAUAGAUAUAUAAUGAUACAUAUAUAUAUAUAUAUAUAUAUAUAUCCAUAUAUAUAUAUAUAAUACAUAUAUAUUCUAUAUACAUAUAAUAUAAUAUAUACAUAUAUAUAUACUAUACAAUAUAUAUAUAUAGAGUAUAUAUAUAAUAUAAUAAAUCUAUAUAUAUAGAUCUAUAUAAUAUAUAUUAUAUAUCUAUAUACAUAUAUGAUAUAUAUAUAAUAUAUAUAUAGUGGGGGGAAAAAAGUAUUUAGUCAAAUCAAAUCAAAUCAAAUUUUAUUGGCCACAUGCGCCGAAUACAACAGGUGCAGACAUUACAGUGAAAUGCUUACUUACAGCCCUUAACCAACAGUGCAUUUAUUUUUAACAAAAAAAGUAAACAUAAAUCAACAACAAAAAAAGUGUUGAGAAAAAAAGAGCAGAAGUCAAAUAAAAGAACAGUAGGGAGGCUAUAUAUACAGGGGGGUACCGGUGCAGAGUCAAUGUGCGGGGGCACCGGCUAGUUGAGGUAGUUGAAGUAAUAUGUACAUGUGGGUAGAGUUAAAGUGACUAUGCAUAAAUAAUUAACAGAGUAGCAGCAGCGUAAAAGGAUGGGGUGGGGGGGCAGUGCAAAUAGUCAGUUUAGCCAUGAUUAGCUGUUCAGGAGUCUUAUGGCUUGGGGGUAGAAGCUGUUGAGAAGUCUUUUGGACCUAGACUUGGCACUCCGGUACCGCUUGCCGUGCGGUAGCAGAGAGAACAGUCUAUGACUAGGGUGGCUGGAGUCUUUGACAAUUUUGAGGGCCUUCCUCUGACACCGCCUGGUAUAGAGGUCCUGGAUGGCAGGAAGCUUGGCCCCAGUGAUGUACUGGGCUGUACGCACUACCCUCUGUAGUGCCUUGUGGUCGGAGGCCAAGCAGUUGCCAUACCAGGCGGUGAUGCAACCAGUCAGGAUGCUCUCGAUGGUGCAGCUGUAUAAUUUUUUGAGGAUCUGAGGACCCAUGCCAAAUCUUUUCAGUCUCCUGAGGGGGAAUAGGCUUCGUCGUGCCCUCUUCACGACUGUCUUGGUGUGUUUGGACCUUGGAUAGUUCGUUGGUGAUGUGGACACCAAGGAACUUGAAGCUCUCAACCUGUUCCACUACAGCCCCGUCGAUGAGAAUGGGGGCGUGCUCAGUCCUCUUUUUUUUCCUGUAGUCCACAAUAAUCUCCUUUGUCUUGGUCACGUUGAGGGAGAGGUUGUUGUCCUGGCACCACACGGCCAGGUCUCUGACCUCCUCCCUAUAGGCUGUCUCAUCGUUGUCUGUGAUCAGGCCUACCACUGUUGUGUCGUCGGCAAACGUAAUGAUGGUGUUGGAGUCGUGCCUGGCCAUGCAGUCAUGGGUGAACAGGGAGUACAGGAGGGGACUGAGCACGCACCCCUGAGGGGCCCUCGUGUUGAGGAUCAGUGUGGCAGAUGUGUUGUUACCUACCCUUACCACCUGGGGGCGGCCCGUCAGGAAGUCCAGGAUCCAGUUGCAGAGGGAGGUGUUUAGUCCCAGGAUCCUUAGCUUAGUGAUGAGCUUAGAGGGCACUAUGGUGUUGAAUGCUGAGCUGUAGUCAAUUAAUAGCAUUCUCACAUAGGUGUUCCUCUUGUCCAGGUGGGAAAGGGCAGUGUGGAGUGCAAUAGAGAUUGCAUCAUCUGUGGAUCUGUUGGGGCGGUAUGCAAAUUGGAGUGGGUCUAGGGUUUCUGGGAUAAUGCUGUUGAUGUGAGCCAUGACCAGCCUUUCAAAGCACUUCAUGGCUACAGACGUCAGUGCUACGGGUCGGUAGUCAUUUAGGCAGGUUAUCUUAGAGUCCUUGGGCAAGGGGACUAUGGUGGUCUGCUUGAAACAUGUUGGUAUUACAGACUCAGUCAGGGACAUGUUGAAAAUGUCAGUGAAGACACUUGCCAGUUGGUCAGCACAUGCUCGGAGUACACGUCCUGGUAAUCCGUCUGGCCCUGCGGCCUUGUGAAUGUUGACAUGCUUAAAAGUCUUACUCACAUCGGCUACGGAGAGCGUGAUCACAGUCAUCCGGAACAGCUGGUGCUCUCAUGCAUGCUUCAGUGUUGCUUGCCUCGAAGCGAGCAUAGAAGUGGUUUAGCUCGUCUGGUAGGCUUGUGUCACUGGGCAGCUCGCGGCUGUGCUUCUCUUUGUAGUCUGUAAUAGUUUUCAAGCCCUGCCACAUCCGACGAGCGUCAGAGCCAGUGUAGUACGAUUCAAUCUUAGUCCUGUAUUGACUCUUUGCCUGUUUGAUGGUUCGUCGGAGGGCAUAGCGGGAUUUCUUAUAAGCGUCCGGGUUAGAGUCCCGCUCCUUGAAAGCGGCAGCUCUACCCUUUAGCUCAGUGUGGAUGUUUCCUGUAAUCCAUGGCUUCUGGUUGGGGUAUGUACGUACGGUCACUGUGGGGACGACAUCAUCAAUGCACUUAUUGAUGAAGCCAGUGACUGAUGUGGUGUACUCCUCAAUGCUGUCUGAAGAAUCCCGGAACAUGUUCCAGUCUGUGCUAGCAAAACAGUCCUGUAGCUUAGCAUCUGCGUCAUCUGACCACUUUUUUAUUAACCGAGUCACUGGUGCUUCGUGCUUUAGUUUUUGCUUAUAAGCAGGAAUCAGGAGGAUAGAGUUAUGGUCAGAUUUGCCAAAUGGAGGGCGAGGGAGAGCUUUGUAUGCGUCUCUGUGUGUGGAGUAAAGGUGGUCCAGAGUUUUUUUUCUCCUCUGGUUGCACAUUUAACAUGCUGGUAGAAAUUAGGUGGAACGGAUUUAAAUUUCCCUGCAUUAAAGUCCCCGGCCACUAGGAGCGCUGCCUCUGGAUGAGCGUUUUCCUGUUGAUUUAUGGCCUCAUACAACUCAUUCAGUGCAAUCUUAAUGCCAGCAUUGGUUUGUGGUGGUAAAUAGACAGCUAUGAAAAAUAUUGAUGAAAACUCUCUUGGUAAAUAGUGUGGUCUACAGCUUAUCAUAAGAGACUUCCUUAGUAUUUGAUUUUGUGCACCAGCUGUUGUUUACAAAUAUACACAGACCGCCACCCCUUGUCUUACCGGAGUUAGCCGUUCUAUCCUGCCGAUGUAGCGUAUAGCCCGCUAGCUGUAUGUUAUCCAUGUCGUCGUUCAGCCACGACUCGGUGAAACAUAAGAUAUUACAGUUUUUUAUGUCACGUUGGUAGGAUAACCGUAAUCUUAGGUCAUCCAAUUUGUUCUCCAAUGAUUGAAGAUUGGCUAAUAGGAUUGAUGGGAGCGGCAGUUUACUCGCUCGCCGUCGGAUCCUUACAAGGCACCCCGACCUACGUCCACGAUACCUCCGUCUCUUCCUCAUGCGAAUGACGGGGAUUUGGGCCUUGUCGGGUGUCUGUAUGAUAUCCUUCGUGGCCGCCUCAUUGAAGAAAAAAUAUUCGGCCAAUUAGAGGUAAAUAAUCGCUGUCCUGAUAUCCAGAAGCUCUUUUUGGUUAUAAGAGACGAUGGCAGAAACAUUAUGUACAAAAUAAAUUACAAAUAACGCGGAAAAACACACAUAAUAGUACAAUUGGUUAGAGGGCUGUAAAACGGCAGCCAUCUUCUCCGGCGCUGUUCAGCCACCAAUUGUGCAAGUUCUCCCACUUAAAAAGAUGAGAGAGGCCUGUAAUUUUCAUCAUAGGUACACAUCAUCUAUGACAGACACAUUUGAGAUUUUUUUUUCAAGAAAAUCACAUUGUAGGAUUUUUUAUGAAUUUAUUUGCAAAUUAUGGUGGAAAAUAAGUAUUUGGUCACCUACAAACAAGCAAGAUUUCUGGCUCUCACAGACCUGUAACUUCUUCUUUAAGAGGCUCCUCUGUCCUCCACUCGUUACCUGUAUUAAUGGCACCUGUUUGAACUUGUUAUCAGUAUAAAAGACACCAGUCCACAACCUCAAACAGUCACACUCCAAACUCCACUAUGGCCAAGACCAAAGAGCUGUCAAAGGACACCAGAAACAAAAUUGUAGACCUGCACCAAGUUGGGAAGACUGAAUUUGCAAUAGGUAAGCAGCUUGGUUUGAAGAAAUCAACUGUGGGAGCAAUUAUUAGGAAAUGGAAGACAUACAAGACCACUGAUAAUCUCCCUCGAUCUGGGGCACCACGCAAGAUCUCACCCUGUGGGGUCAAAAUGAUCACAAGAACGGUGAGCAAAAAUCCCAGAACCACACGGGGGGACCUAGUGAAUGACCUGCAGAGAGCUGGGACCAAAGUAACAAAGCCUACCAUCAGUAACACACUACGCCGCCAGGGACUCAAAUCCUGCAGUGCCAGACGUGUCCCCCUGCUUAAGCCAGUACAUGUCCAGGCCCGUCUGAAGUUUGCUAGAGUGCAUUUGGAUGAUCCAGAAGAGGAUUGGGAGAAUGUCAUAUUGUCAGAUGAAACCAAAAUAUAACGUUUUGGUAAAAACUCAACUCGUCGUGGUUGGAGGACAAAGAAUGCUGAGUUGCAUCCAAAGAACACCAUAACUACUGUGAAGCAUGGGGGUGGAAACAUCAUGCUUUGGGGCUGUUUUUCUGCAAAGGGACCAGGACGACUGAUCCGUGUAAAGGAAAGAAUGAAUGGGGCCAUGUAUCGUGAGAUUUUGAGUGAAAACCUCCUUCCAUCAGCAAGGGCAUUGAAGAUGAAACGUGGCUGGGUCUUUCAGCAUGACAAUGAUCCCAAACACACCGCCCGGGCAACGAAGGAGUGGCUUCGUAAGAAGCAUAUCAAGGUCCUGGAGUGGCCUAGCCAGUCUCCAGAUCUCAACCCCAUAGAAAAUCUUUGGAGGGAGUUGAAAGUCCGUGUUGCCCAGCGACAGCCCCAAAACAUCACUGCUCUAGAGGAGAUCUGCAUGGAGGAAUGGGCCAAAAUACCAGCAACCGUGUGUGAAAACCUUGUGAAGACUUACAGAAAACGUUUGACCUGUGUCAUUGCCAACAAAGGGUAUAUAACAAAGUAUUGAAAAACUUUUGUUAUUGACCAAAUACUUAUUUUCCACCAUAAUUUGCAAAUAAAUUCAUUAAAAAUCCUACAAUGUGAUUUUCUGGAUUUUCUUUUCUCAUUUUGUCUGUCAUAGUUGACGUGUACCUAUGAUGAAAAUUACAGGCCUCUCUCAUCUUUUUAAGUGGGAGAACUUGCACAAUUGGUGGCUGACUAAAUACUUUUUCCCCCCACUUUUUCCCCCCAUAUACAUAUAUACAGUGAGGGAAAAAAGUAUUUGAUCCCCUGCUGAUUUUGUACGUUUGCCCACUGACAAAGAAAUGAUCAGUCUAUAAUUUUAAUGGUAGGUUUAUUUGAACAGUGAGAGACAGAAUAACAACAACAAAAUCCAGAAAAACGUAUGUCAAAAAUGUUAUAAAUUGAUUUGCAUUUUAAUGAGGGAAAUAAUUAUUUGACCCCCUCUCAAUCAGAAAGAUUUCUGGCUCCCAUGUGUCUUUUAUACAGGUAACAAGCUGAGAUUAGGAGCACACUCUUAAAGGGAGUACUCCUAAUCUCAGUUUGUUACCUGUAUAAAAGACACCUGUCCACAGAAGCAAUCAAUCAAUCAGAUUCCAAACUCUCCACCAUGGCCAAGACCAAAGAGCUCUCCAAGGAUGUCAGGGACAAGAAUGUAGACCUACACAAGGCUGGAAUGGGCUACAAGACCAUCGCCAAGCAGCUUGGUGAGAAGGUGACAACAAUUGGUGCGAUUAUUCGCAAAUGGAAGAAACACAAAAUAACUGUCAAUCUCCCUCGGCCUGGGGCUCCAUGCAAGAUCCCACCACUGAAAUCCUGCAGCGCCCGCAAGGUCCCCCUGCUCAAGAAAGCACAUAUACAGGGCCGUCUGAAGUUUGCCAAUGAACAUCUGAAUGAUUUAGAGGAGAACUGGGUGAAAGUGUUGUGGUCAAAUGAGACCAAAAUCGAGCUCUUUGGCAUCAACUCAACUCGCCGUGUUUGGAGGAGGAGGUAUGCUGCCUAUGACCCCAAGAACACCAUCCCCACCGUCAAACAUGGAGGUGGAAACAUGAUGAUUUGGGGGUGUUUUUCUGCUAAGGGGACAGGACAACUUCACUGCAUCAAAGGGACAAUGGACGGGGCCAUGUACUGUCAAAUCUUGGGUGAGAACCCCCUUCCCUCAGCCAGGGCAUUGAAAAUGGGUUGUGGAUUGGGUAUUCCAGCAUGACAAUAACCCAAAACACACGGCCAAGGCAACAAAGGAGUGGCUCAAGAAGAAGCACAUUAAGGUCAUGGAGUGGCCUAGCCAGUCUCCAGACCUUAAUCCCAUAGAAAAUCUGUGGAGGGAGCUGAAGGUUCGAGUUGCCAAACGUCAGCCUCAAAACCUUAAUGACUUGGAGAAGAUCUGCAAAGAGGAGUGGAACAAAAUCCCUCCUGAGAUGUGUGCAAACCUGGUGGCCAACUACAAGAAACGUCUGACCUCUGUGAUUGCCAACAAGGGUUUUGCCACCAAGUACUAAGUCAUGUUUUGCAGAGGGGUCAAAUACGUAUUUCCCUCAUUAAAAUGCAAAUCAAUUUAUAACAUUUUUGACAUGCGUUUUUCUGGAUUUUUUUGUUGUUAUUCUGUCUCUCACUGUUCAAAUAAACCUACCAUUAAAAUUAUAGACUGAUCAUGUCUUUGUCAGUGGGCAAAUGUACAAAAUCAGCAGGGGAUCAAAUACUUUUUUCCCUCACUGUAUGUAUGUAUAUAUAUAUAUAUAUAUAUAUUAGUCCAAAAAUGGAUGUAGCAACUAAGGAUUCUAGCUGCGCUUUCUAUAGUACACCCAGACUUUCCUUCCUCCCAAAUGGAGCUCUGGGGAAGCGAGAGGAUAUUUAGUAAUCUCCUUUGUGGUCUUCUUUUCCAGAUCUUGUCUUGUACUGUGAGGCUUUCCUGACGACGUACAGAACGUUCAUAACCCCCGAGGACCUUAUCAAAAAGCUGCACUACAGAUAUCCUUUCCAUGCUUCACUUCUCGCAUGUGGAUCCAAAGGGUUUCCUCCAACAAAUCCUGCUUGGUUGAGACGAUAGGGAAUGGCUAGCAAAAUCCCUACCACAUCACUUCCCAAAGUCGUAGACACUCUGAAUACUGUAAGAUGUGUAAUAUACUUUGAGACUAUUUGUUUGUUUUGCUUAACACCUCCACACAUACACCAGGUUUUGUCACUGCCCAGACACCUUCAAGAAGAAAGUCAGCAAAAACACCUUCUUUGUUCUCGUCCGAGUGGUGGACGAGCUGUGGUAAGUUCUCUUGCCUGCCAUUUUUUCAUGUCCUUCAAAUGACAGUGCAGUCAAUGACGAUUCUUAUUCGCAUUUCCUUUGGUCUGUUCUUGAUAAAAGGGGGAGGGGUUAACCAAUCAUGAUUACAGAGAAGCCAACUCGUCACUUUUCGGCUAUUUUCACCAUGUAGAUCCGAAGAAAAAAAAUUAGAGUUGGAGGGGUAUGUUUCUCAUAUCAAAAUAAAUGACUGAGCACAGAAUGCAUCCCUACGCGUCCUACAAAGAGAAUAUCAAACAGAGUUCAGAGCAUGAUGUCAGAUAUCAACAUGUGACAGCUGUGAUCAGCCAGCCGCAUCACCUACCAGCCAAUAGCCUACUCAGCUGCUUCUCUCCGUCUGCUCUUUUUGCACAUAUCCAUCAGUUUUCAAGUGUGAUUUAGCCGUGAUGGCGAGCUGGGGUGUGCAGUGAUGGGGCUUCUGUUACAUUUGUUUAAUUAUUGGAGCAGCUCGCAGCGCAAGUAAACACCACCUCGCGUCUUUUUCCUGUUUUUUUUUUUCACCUUCACCACCCUCUCUCAUCCCUCCAUCCCCUCGGCUGUGUGUGUCAGUCUGGUGGAGAUGACGGAGGACAUCCUGAAGCAGCUGAUGGACUUGGUGUUCAGGCUGGUGUGUAACGGUGAGCUGAGCCUGGCCCGCGUGCUCCGCAAGAACAUCUUGGACAAGGUGGAGCAGAGGAAGCUGCUGCGCUACACCUACUCCCUCAAACCACUGGCCGCAAGAGGUGUCGCCGCCAGGUAGGCCCGCCCACAUUUAGUGGACAAGGAUACUGUGACAGCUAAAACAUCACAAUCCUUUUCUCUGUAUAAUGGAUCAAUAAAGAUAUUAUUCCAAUGUAUUUUAUUAUAUUGUUUCAGAGAAUGUUACGUUUGCAAAGGCAUUUAGAAAUGUUCAGCUCCGUGACAGUGAAGGAAUUCCUUGUUGUUUUCUGAACAUCAAUGUAUCACAGAGUCUAGUUCUAACUCUGGCCACUUUUCUUUCUAAUUUCCUCCCCUCCCCCCCAUUUCCUGUGUGCGGCUUUAGACCUGGGACCCUGCACGACUUCCGAAGUCAUGAGAUCGCCGACCAGCUAACUCUCCUGGAUGCAGAGCUCUUCUACAAAAUUGAGGUAGCUCGUCCAAGCAUGUCUUUCUCCUCCUCCUGCGUAUGCUCCCUCCUCCUCCUGCGUAUACUCCCCCCUCCCUUCCUCCCCAACUCUCCCCCCUCCCCAACUCACCCCCCCCCCCCCCCCCCCCCCCCCCUCCCCCUCCACCUCUAAAAAUAAUGUAUUUUUGUGACAGAUCCCGGAGGUGUUGCUUUGGGCUAAGGAGCAGAAUGAGGAGAAGAGUGCCAACCUCACACAGUUCACAGAGCACUUUAACAAUAUGUCCUACUGGUAAGCCUGCACCUCACAUCUUCUCUUAGUCACCACGCUGCUUCUCUAGUCACCCUGCAGCACUUCAGUUCACUGCCCACUCCGAGAGGAAAGCAGCCAGGUCUGGAGAACAUGUGGUGACAAACUGAUGCAUCUCAUCCCCUUCGUGUCUCCCUCAGGGUACGCUCCAUAAUCAUUCUGCAAGAGAAAGCCCAGGACCGAGAAAAGCUCCUCCUGAAAUUUAUCAAAAUAAUGAAGGUAUGCCUUUUGAAAUGUGGAUACUUAAGAAUGAGCAAACAGUUGUUUUGGGAGUGUUUGUUGAAAAAGCAACAAAUUCUCAGGUGCAUCUCCCUCCACUCUCUUGCAGCACUUACGGAAGCUAAAUAAUUUCAACUCGUAUUUGGCAAUAUUAUCUGCCUUGGAUUCAGCUCCCAUCCGAAGACUGGAGUGGCAGAAAACAACCUCAGAGGUGAGUUGGACUGUGGUCUAAUCAAUGUCCAAAGAUUGCUCAGAAACAUCAGUUUAUUGUAAAACAAUUAAAAUAUAUAUAUAUAUAUAUAUAUAUAUAUAUACAGUGAGGGCAAAAAAGUAUUUGAUCCCCUGCUGAUUUUGUACGUUUGCCCACUGACAAAGACAUGAUCAGUCUAUAAUUUUAAUGGUAGGUUUAUUUGAACAGUGAGAGACAGAAUAACAACAAAAAAAUACAGACAAAUGCAUGUCAAAAUGUUAUAAAUUGAUUUGCAUUUUAAUGAGGGAAAUAAGUAUUUGACCCGCUCUCAAUCAGAAAGAUUUCUGGCUCCCAGGUGUCUUUUAUACAGGUAACGAGCUGAGAUUAGGAGCACACUUUUAAAGGGAGUGCUCCUAAUCUCAGCUUGUUACCUGUAUAAAAGACACCUGUCCACAGAAGCAAUCAAUCAGAUUCCAAACUCUCCACCAUGGCCAAGACCAAAGAGCUCUCCAAGGAUGUCAGGGACAAGAUUGUAGACCUACACAAGGCUGGAAUGGGCUACAAGACCAUCGCCAAGCAGAUUGGUGAGAAGGUGACAACAAUUGGUGUGAUUAUUCGCAAAUGGAAGAAACACAAAAUAACUGUACAAUCUUCCUCGGCCUGGGGCUCCAUGCAAGCUCUCACCUCAUGGAGUUGCAAUGAUCAUGAGAACGGUGAGGAAUCAGCCCAGAACUACACGGGAGGAUCUUGUCAAUGAUCUCAAGGCAGCUGGGACCAUAGUCACCAAGAAAACAAUUGGUAACACACUACGCCGUGAAGGACUGAAAUCCUGCAGCGCCCGCAAGGUCCCCCUGCUCAAGAAAGCACAUAUACAUGCCCGUCUGAAGUUUGCCAAUGAACAUCUGAAUGAUUCAGAGGAGAACUGGGUGAAAGUGUUGUGGUCAGAUGAGACCAAAAUGGAGCUCUUUGGCAUCAACUCAACUCGCCGUGUUUGGAGGAGGAGGAAUGCUGCCUAUGACCCCAAGAACACCAUCCCCACCGUCAAACAUGGAGGUGGAAACGUUAUGCUUUGGGGGUGUUUUUCUGCUAAGGGGACAGGACAACUUCACCACAUCAAAGGGACGAUGGGUGGGGCCAUGUACUGUCAAAUCUUGGGUGAGAACCUCCUUCCCUCAGCCAGGGCAUUGACAAUGGGUCGUGGAUGGGUAUUCCAGCAUGACAAUGACCCAAAACACACGGCCAAGGCAACAAAGGAGUGACUCAAGAAGAAGCACAUUAAGAUCCUGAAGUGGCCUAGCCAGUCUCCAGACCUUAAUCCCAUAGAAAAUCUGUAGAGGGAGCUGAAGGUUCGAGUUGCCAAACGUCAGCCUCGAAACCUUAAUGACUUGGAGAAGAUCUGCAAAGAGGAGUGGGACAAAAUCCCUCCUGAGAUGUGUGCAAACCUGGUGGCCAACUACAAGAAACGUCUGACCUCUGUGAUUGCCAACAAGGGUUUUGCCACCAAGUAUUAAGUCAUGUUUUGCAGAGGGGUCAAAUACUUAUUUCCCUCAUUUAAAAUGCAAAUCAAUUUAUAACGUUUUUGACAUGCAUUUUUCAGUAAUUUUUUGUUUGUUAUUCUGUCUCUCACUGUUCAAAUAAACCUACCAUUAAAAUUAUAGACUGAUCAUGUCUUUGUCAGUGGGCAAACGUACAAAAUCAGCAGGGGAUCAAAUACUUUUUUCCCUCACUGUAUAUAUAUCUUCAAAGCAGUUACUGUAAGGUAACUCUAAUAUGAACUCUCUCUACACAUGUUGGUGUUGUGUUUGAUGUUAACAUGGACGACUGUCACUGUUCUGUUUACAGGGCCUAGAGGAAUACUGCACGUUAAUAGACAGUUCCUCCUCGUUCCGGGCUUACCGAGCGGCACUGUCAGAUGUGGAGUCCCCAUGUAUACCAUAUCUGUAAGUCAAACUGCUAGGUUACGAAGUGUAUGCACUUUGCUGUCACAAGUGACACAAAUGUAUUUGCACAUCUACCAUUUGUAUUGCUUACUGUGCAUAUCGUCUUUAUCGUACUGACUGUUUCUUGUUUCUUUUCCUCACACGACACACAGGGGUCUUAUCCUCCAGGACUUGACCUUUGUCCAUCUGGGCAACCCUGACCUCAUCAACGGGAAGGUCAACUUCUCCAAGCGCUGGCAGCAGUUCAACAUCCUGGACAGCAUGAGGCGCUUCCAGCAAGUGUAUGUAUACAGUGGCCAAUCUGGCUGUCGCUCUCAUACAGAUUUAUGUUCAACGCACUUUUCUUUGAAAACGUAACAAUUUGUUAAUUCGUUGGAAUUUGAGGAUAUUUUCUUUUACCACCUUUGCAAUGUUUAGAUGGUGUUUUCCCUCUCGCUCUCUCCCAGGCAUUAUGAUCUGAAACACAACGACGACAUCGUCUCCUUCUUCAACGACUUCAGCGACCACCUGGCAGAGGAGGCUCUGUGGGAGCUGUCUCUGAAGAUCAAACCUCGGAACAUUACGCGGCGCAAAACAGAUCGCGAAGAGAAGACA